AUGGUGUCUUUCAAGGCUCUCCUUGCGGCCGCGGCCACGGUGACUUCGGUCCUCGCCGCCCCCUUCGACUUCCUCGAGCGUGACAACGGAAACUCGACUGCGGCCCUGGAGACGCGCUCGACUCCCAGCUCCACCGGUUACCACAACGGCUACUUCUACUCCUGGUGGACCGAUGGUGGCGGCGAUGCUACCUACACCAUGGGUGAAGGCAGCCGGUACUCGGUCAGCUGGAGAAACACUGGCAACUUUGUCGGUGGCAAGGGCUGGAACCCGGGCACUGGCCGGACCAUCAACUACGGCGGCGCUUUCAACCCCAGCGGCAACGGGUACCUAGCCGUCUACGGCUGGACCCACAACCCGCUGGUGGAGUACUACGUGAUCGAGUCGUACGGCACGUACAACCCGGGCAGCAACGCGCAGUACAAGGGCUCGUUCCAAAGCGACGGCGGCACCUACAACAUCUACCUCACCACCCGGUACAACCAGCCGUCCAUCGAGGGCACCUCGACCUUCAACCAGUACUGGUCCAUCCGCACCUCCAAGCGCGUCGGUGGCGCCGUCACCAUGCAGAACCACUUCAACGCCUGGGCUUCGGCGGGUCUGCGUCUGGGUUCGCACGACUACCAGAUUGUUGCUACUGAGGGGUACCAGAGCAGUGGCUCUUCUGACAUUUAUGUGCAGACCAAGUAG